AUGACGAGGUCGGGGGCGACCAAAGUCCUAGCGAAAGAAAUCACGAGCAUAGAGGCGACGAGGACGGCGAUGGCGGCACCGACGACGAAAACGACGACCAAGACAACGUCUAUAUUCAAAAGCGUCUCCAAAAUGGCCUUCUACCCAUCGCACCCCAUUCGGACAUCAGCACCACCAGGGAGAGGCGGACACAGUUCUAUCGCCGUCUACGCUCGGUUCACGGCCACCGAGAUCAUCGAGAUCACCAAUUUCAUGUUCUCCGACCUCACCGGACCUAAGGCCGUGGAGCGUGUCGCGUCACUCGUGGAGCGCUACUCCCAAGACCGAGGUGAUAUACUCGAUACACGAAGCUCCAAGCGCGCCGAAGAGGUCGCAGACCACCCGGACACUCCCUCCCAGCUCUAG